AUGGAAGAACAAGAGGAAGAUGAAGGAGCUGGAAUGGAACGAGAGCAGAUGUCUCCAUACACGGAUCAAGGAGAGAGCCCACCAGCCGCGCCACCAGGAGCCACCCCCACGCUAUCUACGGUUGGAAAACCAGAGAUCCCAAAAAACUGGAAAUCUGGAACGAAUAUCGUGAUUUGUGGGAAGACAACUGGAUAUGCAAGGAUUGAGAGUGCAAAGGAAGAACAAUUCAAAAUUAUAAUCACCGCGAGACUUUCCCCAAAUUCUCGCCAAUUUGAAUUCUCAAAUGGCCAAGACCACAUGAUAUUCGAAGCCGAAAAACCCAUCCCCAUAUAUCUCCACUCCCGCUUCUUCACCUCCAUGCAGGAAGAUUGCAACGCCAAGAAAGUCAUCAGCGCCUUCUACGGCGGCUCCAAAAUCCCACCGGAGUUCACUCUCAACAUACGAGGUAUCCAGAUCAUGUCAAAAAUCAGAUCUGUGCAGCUGAACGCUGAACAACUUCACUAUGUCGACCAGAUCCUUAAGUGGCAUCCGAUUAUAAUCGGAAGUGGUCCGUUCGGGAGUGGCAAGUCAAUGACGAUGGCGAUGGCUGCGGUGUUAGCGGCAAGGAAGGUUCCGUCUAGAUGUCAUCUGCUGGUCACACAUAGGACUGAACUUCUUUACAAGCUUGAGAAAUGGAUGGAACAAACGGUAACAACCCAAUAA